AUGGGAGACAACAUGUCAAAGCGACUGAAGCUGAUUUCAACUACGGAGGCUGAGAUGGAGGAGCGCUCUUUUCAAAACCCCUACCCGGACUGGGACCACGGAGUCCUCACCGCCAACGCCGGAGCGGAUGCGGACGUCCGGGAACCGUUAGACGCCGACGGAAAGGUCAGUGCAGCCUUCCAGAGGAAAGUCCAGAGUAAGAUCAAAGACCUCCUCCAGCAGACGGAGGAGGGCCUGAAGACGGCCGACCCCCAUGAUUUCUCCACCUACACUGGCUGGACAGGCAUCGCCCUCCUGUACCUGCAGCUGCACCGGGGGUCCCAGGAGGCCUCCCACCUGCACCGGGCGCUGGACUACGUGAAGCGGGCCAUGAGGAUCCUGAACGGACGCAAAGUGACCUUCCUGUGCGGGGACGCGGGGCCGCUGGCCGUGGGGGCCGUGGUCCACCACAAGCUGAACAACACGGCCGACAGCUCCGAGUGUCUGACCAGGCUUCUGCAGCUGCAGCGCUCGGUCCUGAGUCCGGACAGCGAGGUGCCAGACGAGCUGCUGUACGGCCGGGCCGGCUACCUCUACGCCCUGCUCUACGUCAACAAGGAGAUGGGGGCCGACGUAGUGGAUGAGAGCACCAUAACGAAGGUGGUGACAGCCAUCGUGGAGUCUGGGAAGAGCUUGUCUGCAGAGCAGAAGAAGACGGAUCGCUGCCCUCUCCUGUACGAGUGGCACAAAAAGCAGUACAUCGGAGCCGCCCACGGCCUGGCCGGCAUCUACUACAUGCUGAUGCAGCCCGGAGCGAAGGUCCACCCGGACCUGCUGUCCGAGCUGCUGCGGCCCAGCAUCGACUACGUCCGCCACAAGAGGUUCCGCUCGGGGAACUUCCCGUCCUCGCUGAGCAACGAGAGCGACCGGCUGGUGUUCAAAGAGGAGAAAUACUUGAAGGAGGCAGUGGAAUGUGCUGAGGUGAUCUGGCAGCGCGGCCUGCUCAGAAAAGGCUACGGCAUCUGCCACGGCACGGCCGGGAACGGCUACGCCUUCCUGAGCCUCUACAAGCUCACCCAGGAGAAGAAGUACCUGUAUCGCGCCUGCAAGUUUGCUGAGUGGUGUUUGGACUAUGGGACUCACGGCUGUCGCAUCCCAGACAGACCCUACUCCCUCUUUGAAGGUAUGGCGGGGGCCAUCCACUACCUGUCUGAGCUGGAGAACCCAGAGGCGUCCUGCUUUCCUGCCUUUGAACUUUGA